AUGAAGGUGCUUUGUCUCCACGGGAAGGGGACCAGUGGCUCUAUCUUCCGCUCUCAGAUUUCCUCAUUUCGCGCUAAACUUCCCAACGACAUACAAUUUGAUUUUCUUGAUGGCCCAUUUAAGAGUGAUGCCGCUGCAGGCGUAGAUAUCUUCUACGGUCCGCCUUAUUAUUCCUUUUGGGAACAGGAUGGCGUCGACUCGGUCCGAGCCACCUACAACUGGCUGACUGAGCAUAUCGCCAAAAAUGGCCCAUACGAUCUCGCACUGAUGUUCUCGCAAGGCUGCGUUUUGGGCUCUAGUGCUCUCCUAUUCCAUCAAGAAGAGACGCCCCAUCUCCCGCCACCGUUCAAAGCGGCUAUUUUUGUCUGCGGUGGCGCCUCCUUGAGUGUUCUCGAGGAGAUGGGCUUCCAUGUUUCUGCCGAGGCGCGCGAGCGUGAUCUUGCAUCCCGGUCUGCGCUAGCUCUACAAGCCAACUCGUCGGCGCUCUUGGCCCAGGGUGCGGAUCGGUGGACUGGUCUCAAGACUCUAGACGGCGGGCUGUCGGAGGCCGAAUUGCGGGAUGAGAUCACUAGCCCCUACCGUAUCAAUGUUCCCACGGUACAUAUUUACGGCUCGAAGGAUCCUCGAUGGGCGGCUGGUGUGCACCUCUCUGGUAUAUGCGAACCAACGAAACGUCGCACCUACGAUCACGGUGGUGGACAUGAGAUUCCUAGGACAGCUGCCGUGAGCAACUCGAUCGCGGAACUUUUCCAGUGGGUUGUUGCACAGAGUGAUUCAAAUUGA